CAUUUCUCGGAAAUAUUGGUUUCCGCUAUCGGGAAUAUUGGAUAUUACUUAAUCAUUUAUGAUCCAAACAUGAAUUCGAAAACAAAUUCGACAAUCAUUGGUUUAAGUGAUUGGGUUCGGGAUCGGUUUUCACUAUAAUAAUAUGGCGACGGUAUUUUAGUGACACUCGUCUUUAUAGCCUAUCUAGUAAAAAACACACAUCUUAACGAUAUUUAUGGUGAUUUUCUAACUUUAUAAUAAACAAUUAAAAACAAAACAAACACAUCUUAAAAAUAAAACACCUCCUCCAAUGCGUCACAUCGAGGCAAGGUGCCCAACAGGCUGGCAGCAUAUUACCUCUCUGAAUCGCCAGGCUAAUUCUCUGACAGAAAUAACUACCAGCCCUAGCAUCCCCCGAAGCCCCGAUGACGCAUUGAGAGAUCCUUAACAAAUAUUUUUGCUUCUGGACCCCAAGGACCCAUCGUUUCAACUGCAAAUGGGACAAAAAGGAAUGAUAACGAUGAUGAUGUUUAUGGCGAUAAAUCACGACAUCGGAUAAAUGGCAAUAAACAAAUUGUUUAUUGAAAGAUGAGGACAAGCAAUAAUAAUAAAAUCAGGCACUAUUGUACGCAGUGUUGCGAAGAUCAUAGGAGAUUUUACGACAGCCAUCUGUGAUUUGACGAUCGAUGUGUAGGUACAGCGUACCUAAUGUGUUAUGUUUAUUGAGCUAUUAAUAUUAUAGCAUUUUCUGGACAGGAUGGACCGCUGUGUCUCGUUGUUUUGCCAUGCAUAAUAUUAAUAGUGAUAAAUGAUAAUAUUAAAAAGUUGUUAAUGGCAUUGCUUUAAGUAGGUUAAUAUGGCUGAAUAGCAUUAGUGGUUUGUUAACUGCAUAUUUUCACUGGAUAACUGGCUUUAGGGACGGUCUGUGCCCAGCAGUGGGACGUUUAUGUCGUUUAUAUUAUUUAUGUUACGGAACUGGAUUUUAGCAUUGGUUAUGUAGGUACUACUUGGUCUUUGGGUUACACCUGUUUAUAAAAAAAAAUGGCCGAUAAAUCUUUCCUUUCGCCUUAUUAUUAUUAUUAUUAUCAUCUAAUUACUACAGGGAACUAGUUAUUAAACGUGUUCUCCAAAGCACAGACCUCAAAAUGAUGUAAAUCUAGGUACUUAAACGCAAUUUUAUAUUAAAAGCUUAUCCACCAAUUUAUAUUUUGCAAAAGCAUAACAUAAUUAUAAUAAAUCUGUGUAAAAAUCUAAAAAAAAAUGAUAAAUGGUAAAACAUGUAUCCGAACGGAUAUUAUCAAAUUAAUAAUCAAUCAAUACCACCUGUCAGACAGACGCUGUCACAGUGACGUUUACACUGACAACAUCAUAAUCGAUUACAAUUUGCUAUUUUAAAGCGGGGUGUAUUGUUCGUAUUUAAUAAAAUACAUCUUUAAACAGUAUUAUGAAGCGCGUAUAUGUGUAUCAAAAUAGGACCCAAGAUGUUGGUAAACUUGUGGCUUUGGAAGAGACUAAAGACUUCAUAACACACCUGUGCGCUUUGUUCCGAAGGCCUAUAGAUUCCAUCCGGUUAUAUACAGUAAACGGGUGUGAAAUCAACGAUUUGAGACUUAUACGAGACGAGGAGAAGAUCUACCUGUGUUCAGGAUCUGAAACAGACGACUGCGAUGAGUGUAAAGUGGAGAAUAGUUUGGAGAAUCGCUUAAAGAAAUUGAUUAUCGAGGACGAAGAAAGUCCGACGGAGAAUUCAGCUUCUUCCGAUUGGAUCACGCUCAAUGUUGGAGGAAGACACUUCACGACUUCACGGUCUACACUCUUGGCCAAGGAACCUUCGUCAAUGUUAGCCAGAAUGUUCGCAUAUACUAAUAAUAAUAUGUACUUAAUGAGCCCAAGCGCAAGAGAUGAGACUGGAGCCUAUUUGAUAGACAGAAGUCCCGAGUAUUUCGAGCCUAUUCUCAACUAUUUAAGGCAUGGAGAAGUGAUACUGGAUAAACAUGUCAACCCUAAAGGAGUAUUGGAAGAGGCUUCAUUUUAUGGUAUAGAAUCCAUGAUACCUGAACUUCAACAGUUAGUUGAGGACUAUAAAAGCAAUACCGGCAGAAAAGAGGUAUUGACCCGUAUGGAUGUGGUCCGUGCCAUCAUUUUGACCCCCACAAGCUCGGAGUUGAGGUUCCAAGGAGUCGACAUGUCUGGCGCUGACCUUAGUCGACUGGACUUGAGAAAUAUCAAUUUUAAGUACGCCUGUUUGUCAAAUUGUAAUCUAACUGGGGCAAAUCUGUCGCAUUGCUGUUUGGAGCGCGCAGACUUGUCGCACGCCAAUCUUGAAGGGGCACAGCUGCUGGGGGUCAAAGCACUUUGUGCGAAUAUGGAAGGAGCCAAUUUAAAGGGGAGCAACAUGGAAGAUCCUCUUGGUUCCAGGGCUGUUAUGGAAGGUGUUAACUUAAAAGGUGCCAAUCUGGAGGGAAGCAAUAUGGCGGGUGUGAACCUUCGUGUGGCCACAUUAAAGAAUGCCAAUCUAAGAAACUGUGAUCUUAGAACGGCUGUGCUGGCGGGGGCAGACUUAGAGUACUGCGACCUGUCCGGCAGUGACCUGCAUGACGCGAACCUCCGCGGCGCCAACCUCAAAGAUACAGCCUUCGAACUAAUGUUGACUCCCCUACACAUGUCGCAGACUAUAAGAUAACGCCAAUAUUGCUAUUACUGCGGUCAAAAUCGAUAAACUUAUUGUUAUACAGUAGACGAUAGGUAGACGAUUGUUUAUAACGCCCGUAACCGUAGAUUUUAGCACGUAUAUCGUGCACGACGCGAUAUAGACUAGUUGAGUUGAUAGACAAAUCAAUUGUGACGUCAUUCCAUAACCGUGGUCAAAUAUUUGAUGCAUUCCAGGCUAUGUUCCUCAAAAACAAUAUAGAUGGCGCUGUACGGUAUGUAUACACUUUGGUACCAUGUUACAUUAACUUUUUUGACAAAUUGAAUUGUAAGUCUCGCUAAAUGUCAAAUAUGUUAGUGCGACAGAGUCCUAAAGUGGGUACAUUAUAUUGCUCAUGACUGUACAUAUUUUUCUUCGUUUAACAUUCUAAAUAGUUUAACAUUGUCCAGAAUUAGUAAGCACAGUUAAUUUAAAUAUCCCACGGCGUCUCUCAUUCCGCACCUUAAAUCGACCUAAUCCAUUUUAUGUACCACCACAUCGGACAAAUUACUGUCAAAAUGAGACUAUUACAAGAAUAACUCGUACCUACAAUAAACUCUUUACUGAGGUAGAUCCAUACCGGUAUGACGUUAAAACUUUCAAAAACCAUGUCAUAAAUAAAUUUUAAACACUCAGCAUACAAAUAUAAUAGGUACACACACACAGUAGUGGAUGGUGGUUUUUUGAGAUUAUUUGAAUAGCUGCCAUCCGAUCCCAAGUGGCAAACACGUAGGGCUACAUACAUACAUACGUAAAUACACAUAUAUAUUUAUAUUUAAAAUACACUUGCAUACACACAUACACACGAAACUCAUUGAGAGUAGGAUUGGUGAGUAUAUACUUCAAUUGUUGUAGAUACUUAACUUUCUUUUCUUUUUCUUUUCUUUCUAAUAUUGAUACGCAUAAAAGUACAGUUUUUAGUAGUGUUUUUUAUUUUGAAUGCAACUUAUGGUUACAAUAUAGUUUUAGUUUUCUAAAGAACAAGCUUACGGUAUCCCAUUUAGUUUCUCCUGUUUACAAAAUAUUUGUUUAUAUAAUGAUAUAGUAAAAUAGCAUAAUGUUGUAAUUAGUUUAGAUUAAUAUUAUUAAGUACUUCAUAAUAAUCCGGGGUAAUCUGUUAUUGGCCUUACGUUUAAUUAAUGUUCUACAACACACAUGCAUUUAUUGUAACGCUGUUGAUUAUCCAAAUAAAAUAAAAUAAAAAUAAAAUAAAAUAAAUUCAUGGAUAAACAGACAUAUUAUUAUGCAUCUUUUGUCUUUGUUUUUUGGGUAUAAAUGAUGCCUUUUUUAUUGCACCCAAGGGCAAUUACAUCUUCCACCCGUUUUAUUCUGAUCUAAAUAGAGAGAAGCAUAUAGGUAGGAACAUAAUUCUGAUAUGUAUAUAUCUCAUCCAAAUAUCAAGCAACAAUUAUUUUUAUAUAACAGUGCUAUUACAUUAUGUUAUAUUUGAAUCAUUAUGGUACCAGAGAAAAUAGGUAAUUAUCACUUUAAAUCUUCAUAGCGCCGUCUAUUUAUUUUUUUGGGAAUGUAGCCUGUAAGUUCCAUAUUCUGUAGCGGUAUUCAAUUCAAUUCAAUUCAAAUUAUUUAUUUCAGAUUAAUAUCCAUAAUUAUAAGUAUAAGUACAUCAGAUUAGAUUAGAUAAAUUAAAAUUAAAUUAUAUAAAAAGUCAAAUAAAAUUAAUAUUAUUAAUAAAAAUGAAAUUACACGAAAUAAAAUAAAAUACAUUGGUGCCCAUUCGGGUGCACACAAACCCAACCCAAAUUCAGUUCGACGGCUCCCAAAUGAGUGCCGUCCUGCACUUACAAUAAGUGCAAGAAAGGGAUAGAGCCAAUUUUAGUCCUGUCAAACCUAACCAAAAUUAGUUCGGUGGUUGCCCGAACUGUCACCAAUGAUAACAUUUUCAUUGCAUAAAUUGGUAUUGACUCAAUAUACUUGUUAAGUAUAUGGAUUUUAUGUGACAAUUUAUUAUGUAUGUCGCGUCCGAUAUGCGAAUGCUAUGCUACGGUUACUGACACGUAUUAAGUAUUUAAUACAGAGUAUAAUCAUCCGGCUACAGUGUAGCCUGAAAAAGGGAUAGCGAUAGUCUUCCAUGGUCCCGGUUUUGGCAACAUAAAAGGCCACACUAUUUUAUCAUUAUUGCACAAAGUAGUAUAUGCAAAAAAAAAACUCAAAUUUUUGUCUAUUAAACCUGCAAUUUCCGCAAACGCGCAACGCUGGCACCAAAUAUUUAUAAUCGUAGGGUGAAUCCAGCGACAGCGUAAAGGACAACAAAUUACAUCGGUUCUCUCUCUCUCAUGUACUGUAUUCACACAAAUAAAGGUUUACUUUACUUUACUCUUCGCGUCUUUCUAUAAUGCUAAGUCACUUUGAGUGAAAGAGAGAAAGGACGUAAUCAUAUAUCUAUUCCUUUCUAUGCCUACGUAAUAUUAUAAUAAAUAAAUGUAUACUGCUCA